AAGUGUACUUUUGGGAUUCACCCUUCCUCCUCAAUUUGCCGUCCUGGUUCCAAAUUUCGCUACCCCGACUUACUCAAAAUCCCUGAAAUCCCAAAACCCAAUUUCCUCCGGCCAAAGAAAUCGCCAUCACCCUUCAACCACACAAAAAUUCCCGACAAAAUUCGGAACAGAAGGUCCUAAUUUUCUCAGAAAAAUCUCAAAUGGGGAAGACCGGACCUUUUGAUCUCAAAAAGUACUUUGCUUUCUACGUACAGAGCUUACCACAGCAACCCAGUCAACAUGGCGAUUUGCAUGCUCUUCGUCUAGCCAAUCCUUUUCAUCCUCUACUUCAUGCCCACGCUGCUCAAUUUUGGGGUUUUGGUGUUUUGGUGUUUGGGAACGACGUCGUUCUGCCUUUAAACAUCGGUUUGCCAUUGACUAUAAUCUAUAUAUUCUGUGUUUUACAUCUAUUUGGACGCAAAAUCUGGCUCCUUGGGUGCUCUGCUCUGUGUAAUUACGGGGUUGGUAGCUGUUUCCUUGGAAGACAACUCGGAUUUUUCAUCUCUUGGAAGGUAAUUUUUGGGUUGUUAUUAAUUUUUGUGAAAUAUUUGGUCUGGGUUUUGUUUAUUUUGUGGAAUUAGAUACUUAUUUUUUGAAGUGCAGUUAUUGUUAGUAACGUUUAUCAUGAAAUUUUGAUCUAGGAUUUUGAUUUUGAUUUCUUUUACCGUCCAGUAUUCUUUGUUUUGCCGUAUAUCAAAAAAAUUGAUCUAGGAUUUUGAUUUGUUUUACAGCUCAGUAAUUUGUGGAGAUAUCGUUAGUUUUUAUCAAGAAAUUUGAUCUGGUUUCGUUUAUUUUUUGAAAGAUUUUUCUUUAUAAUUCAGUAAAUUGCUUGCUCAUUUAGCUGUAAAUUUGACCUCAGUAAAUUUUCAGGUUGUUCUGGACUUUAAUUUCAGUGAUACCCAGUAUUAAUUGGUUGUUGAUUAGAAUUUGAUUUCUGGAAUUUGAACUCUGAACAAUUUAAUCUCUAUUCGAUUUAUUCUGUUUUGUGCAAGAGGGGUUUGGACGAUGAGGAAGACGGAGAGCCUUUGUUCGGGCCUGUUGAUAGUACCAUUUAUUUGAGAAACAUAAGGUAAAUGAAAUAUGAUGCAGGACCUUCAACAAAACAUGUAUAUUGACUUCAAUCUUUCCCUUUCCGUUAGGGUCUUGGUUUGGGAUCUUUGUUUGACAUAGAUGAUCUGGCAUGCACUUUUCCAAUGGUCAGCUUUCUCAACUUUGAUGACUUUGCAAACAAUUGAGUUUGUCUGCAACCAAUAUAUGCUGGCCCACAUCUUUUGUUUUGUUUUUACCGUUAUAGGAACAUUUUACUCGAAAUGGCUGUGGUUCUGUGUCCGUUAUUGUGUAUGGAGACCAAGAAAAGCCUGCACUUAUAACUUAUCCUGAUUUAGCUCUAAAUCAUAUGUCUUGUUUCCAAGGGUUAUUCUUUUGUCCCGAAGCGGAUUCUUUGCUGCUCCACAACUUCUGCAUAUAUCAUAUCAGUCCUCCUGGCCAUGAGUUAGGAGCUGCUUCAAUUUGCCCGGAUGAUCCUGUGCCUUCAGUUGAUGACUUGGCAGAUCGGAACCUUGAGGUUCUCAAUUUUUUUGGGCUUGGUGCAGUUAUGUGCAUGGGGUUGGCAGUGGGUGGUUAUAUUUUUUCCCUAUUUGCCAGCGUUUGCUUCAGCGAUACUUCAGUGAGGUACUGCUGUGCUCCGACAAUUUCUCGAGAUGAUCCUGCGCUUUCAAAAGCCUUAUCUUCCACUGGAGUUGCAACAUUUGAGUUUUACAUUUGUGUAUGUAAUGACAGCAACCGAUCCAAAUUCUGCAUUUGUCCAGUAAAUUGUAAAAGUAAACCGAAUUUUGAGGGAAUUAAAAGAGAUACCGUCGGCUUUAGCCAUGAAAGGGUGCUGUGUUGGAAACAGCGAUGCAAGGGCGGGAUAUGCUCGGUCGCGCUAGAAAGAAAACAGGGAAAACUCUGCCAAACAUGGGCGUGGAGAGUGUCUUUUGGCUUUGGUUUUGGCCUCAACAAGAGAACGCGUAAGGCAAGGUGAGAAAGAAUUCCAUGAUGCAGCACCUGGUUUGGAUAUGUGUCUAUGGUGUGGUACCCCCAUUUCAAGGCAAAUGAGAGCACUUGACUAUGGUAACCCAAUGACUCUGUUUGUUGUUGUUUUUCCUUAAUGGGUUAUCGAUUUCUUGCUUUUUUUUAUUGAGUUUUUUGGCUAUGGGUAUUUUGCAUUUCUGAGCUUCAAGGUACAAAAGGGUACUUUAUUUGUUGUUGGGUCUCUAAGAGCAAGAAAAACCCAUAAAAAUGGCCAUUGGGAAUGAAAAGUCGUUUCCUUGGUGUAUUUAUACAAAAGGGU